CUACAAACAACUCGGCCAGCUUACCGUUGACCCCGAAGCUUCCAAGAUGACUGCUGCAAGGACGGACGCAGAGGCGGAGCAGGCGGCCGCUAGCUCGGGAGUUACGCCGGAGGCGAUUAAGAGGAAGUUGGAGCAGGGUCUGGGCGCGACGUAUGUGGAGAUUGAGGAUAUGAGCGGUGGAUGUGGGCAAAUGUUCGAAGCCAUCAUUGUAUCCCCGCAGUUUGCAAAGAAGACAACAUUGGCAAGACACCGACUAGUCAAUGGAGUCCUGAAAGAGGAGAUCGCGGCGAUACAUGCGUGGACGCCAAAGUGUCAUACGCCUGAAGAGUGGGAGAAGAAGAAGCCUCAGACUUGAGUGCUCGACUUCCGACUUGCUAUGUUCGACCUUGACGUCCUACAUGUGGGAAUGCAUCACGGUAUGCUCGAAGCAGUUGCAAAUCAUUGAAGACAAGGGUAUGCACGGAAGUGCAUAGAGUGGGUGUCGUGGACUUUCUAUUUUGCGAGGCCAGCAUGAGAUGGGUGGCAGUCUUCCGGCUUCACUUUAGCUCAAUAGCACACGAAUCUCUCCACUGGUGCGCGGGAACAGGUCCCUCAGUCCCGGCGCCGGUUCCUCCUCCUCCGGCUCAUCGUUAUAGAGC